AUGGGGCGGCGCGGGACUGCGGCCUCAAAGCACGCGACGCUCCUGAGCACCGAUCGCGUCAUCGUCGGCGUCGAUGAUCUGGUGCUCUUAUCAUCCGUGAGCGAGACGUCGAUCCUGGAGAACCUCAAGAUGCGCCACGCGGCGGACGUCAUCUACUCGUACAUUGGCCACGUGCUCGUGGUCGUGAACCCGUACAAGUGGCUCGACAUUUACGGCGAAGAGAGCAUGCGCGCGUACAUGCACAAGGCGCGCAUCGACGUGGCGCCGCACGUGUUUGCGACGGCCGAAGAAACGUACCGCGCGAUGCUCAGUGAAGAAGACAAUCAGUGCGUCAUCAUCAGUGGCGAGAGCGGUGCGGGCAAGACAGAGGCGUCGAAGCAGAUCCAGAACUACGUGGCAGGCGUCAGUGGCAGUGGCGCCGGCGUGGACAAAGUCAAGCGCACGUUUCUCGAGAGCAAUCCACUGUUGGAAGCUUUCGGGAACGCCAAGACGCUGCGGAACAACAACUCGAGUCGCUUUGGCAAGUACUUUGAGCUGCUGUUUGACUCGGCAGGGCGGCCGCAAGGAGGCAAAGUGACCAACUACCUGCUGGAAAAGUCGCGCGUGGUCAAGCCGGGCAAAGGCGAGCGCAACUUUCACGUGUUCUAUCAGAUGGUGGCGGGACUCGCGCCGGCGGCAAAGCAGAAGCUGCACUUGGAUCAGGGCGGACCCGAGCACUAUCAGUAUCUCAAAGCCAGUGGGUGCUACGAUGUCGACGACGUGAAUGACGCGCAGGAGUUUGAAGAGACCAUGGCGGCCAUGCAGCACGUUGGUAUCAAGCGCAAGCAAAUCGAACUGGUGAUUCAGACGUUGGCUGCGGUGCUGCACAUUGGUAAUGUGCAGUUUCAGCCCGAGACAGUGGGCGAUGCAGAGGGCUCUUGCGUCCACGACCGCGAGAGCUUGCGGAUUGCGUGCGAGCUAUUGGGGUUAGACGCGGCACGUCUUGAACACGCGUUGUGCUACAAAAUGCUCCAGACAAUGGCGCCUGGAGGAAAGAUUGAGUCGUACGAGGUGCCGCAAAACAUAAGUCAAGCGAAAGCACAGCGCGACUCGAUCGCGAAGACCGUGUACGACCGACUGUUUGACUUUUUGGUCGAGCGCGUAAACCAUGCGCUGGACAUUGAGAAGAAAGCGGAGAAACACGGCGAGCUCCUGGAGAUUGACGAUAUGACCACGAUUGGCAUUCUUGACAUUUACGGUUUCGAAAUCUUCGACAAGAACGGAUUCGAGCAAUUUUGUAUCAACUACGUCAACGAGAAGCUGCAGCAGAUUUUCAUUGAGCUCACGCUAAAGAGCGAGCAGGAAGAGUAUGCUCGAGAGGGCAUUGCAUGGGCACCGAUUCCGUUCUUCAACAACAAAGUCGUGUGCGAUUUGAUCGAAGCUCGCCGUCCAACACCUGGCAUUUUCCUUAUUCUGGACGACACGAUCAAAACAAUGCACUCUCGCCAAGGAGACAGCGUGGAUGCAAAUUUUCUGGAAAAGGUGUCGGGGAUCCACGGGUCACACCCGCAUUUCUCGAAGCGCGGUAAGACGUUUGAGAUCAAGCACUAUGCAGGUGAUGUGCAGUACAGCAUUGAAGGGUUUGGAGAUUCCAACAAGGAUUUCCUCAGUAAGGACAUCGCGCUCAUCAUUAGCGAGACAUCCAACAAGCUCAUACGGUACAUCUUUCCCGAAGAAAUCGACCUCAACGAUAAGCGCAUGGCAAACACGGCAGGAUACAAAAUUCGUACUCAGUGCGACGCGCUCGUGACGGCAUUGAUGGACUGCACACCGCACUACGUGCGCUGCAUCAAGUCCAACGACCAGAAACAGUCCAACAAGAUAGACGACCGCCGCGUGAUUCACCAGAUCAAGUACUUGGGUCUUCUCGAAAAUGUCAAAGUUCGUCGCGCCGGCUACGCUUAUCGAGGAGAUUAUGGUCGAUUUGUUGAUCGCUUCCGGCUGCUCAGUAGUGAAACUUACCCAACAUUCCGUGGGUCGGACAAAAAGGGUACGCAAGCCGUGUUGCGCGCUGCUGCAAAGUCACUGCCUCAACUCGAGAGUGAGGUUCAGCUUGGCAAGACAAUGGUGUUUAUACAAACUCCGGAGACGUUUUUCGAGCUGGAGAAGUUGCGUGAGAAAAUGCUGGGCUCGUUUGUGAUGCGGAUUCAGAAGGCGUGGAAACGGUACUUUGGUCGUCGCCAUCUGCUGCAACUUAGCCACGACAUCACAAAGCUUUACGCAUCGAACAACAAACAGAGGCAGCGCGUGAGCAUCUACCGUCCUUUUGACGCUGACUAUCUUCGCGACAGUUCCAUCCGUGAGGCCGUCCUGGGAAUCAUCCAGCACUACGGAGAUUCGGAAAAGAUCGUGUUCAUCGACGAGAUCCGGAAGGCAUGUCCACUUGCUGGGUUGUCGCCCGAUGGCUCUCCUGUUGCACUGAUGGGACGAAUUCUAGUCAUCACGGACCAGUUCUUGUAUCUGAUGGAAAAGCGGACGUGGCACCCUGUCGUAGACCCGAAAACGGCAUGGGUACCACCGUUGGUGUACCUUCGUCGCCGCCUUCAGCUGUCGGCUAUAGAAGAGAUUACGAUGAGUACAUUAGCAGACCCGUACUUUGUGCUGAAAGUGCACCAAGAACCGCUUCUGCCCGAGCCAAACAAGAGCAACUGGAUGGGCAAUAACACUACAAUGGUGUGUAUGGCCACUGGCAAGAAGUUUGGACUGUUCAACCGUCGGCAUCACUGCCGCUACAGCGGUAAAAUCUACUGCAACGAUGUCUGCAAGCAAGUGGAAGUGCUGCCGGACCUUGGGUUCUACACGCCAGUCCGUGUCUACGACAAUGUCAUUGGGCUCAUGUGCACCGAGAUGCCUGAAGACCAGCUUCUGCUGUCCGAGAAGAAGACUGAGAUCGCGGUCACGCUUGUGGACGCGAUCCGCUCGUCGGCAAACAUUGUGACGCCGAUCAAUUUUAGCGAUUCCAUUCGUCUUCGCCGGGCAGCAAGUGCAGGGCUAUCGAAGACGCCCUCGCAGCAAAUCCAGUUUAUCUCGUCAGACCAUGACCGAAUCACAGGGAAUGCAAACAGCAUCGAGAUCAGCGUCGGACCGGGCGUGCCUGAUGAGUACAUUCGCAAGCGCCGAAAGCGAGAGAAAACACGUCGCAAAAAACUGGAGCGACAGCGGGAGGAAGAGCUGGCGAUGCAAGCAGAGCGUCAGGAACAGCGAAGUCGCGAACGCGAAGUGGAGCGCUUGCGGCGCGUUGCCGAGAAGAAGGCAAAAAAGCAGACCGAGAAGGAAGCCCGGAAGCAUGCUCUGACGUCAAGAAAGUCUGGCAAGGCGUCGAUGGAGUCAGCCCGUAAGUUUGGUGAGCAUGCCCAGGCUUCUACCACAAACGGAGGCGUUGGUGGCGCCAACAGCGAGUUGGCUGCUAUUCUCGCGCGUCGCCGUGGGGCACAAUGA